AUGUCCAACGUCCCUCUCGAGCUCAUCGAGCUCAUCGUGGCCUACCUCGCGUGUCAAGGAACCCUAGGAGACCUUUCCCAAUGCGCCCUAGUCAACAAGGAAUUCGCCUCACUCUGCCAAAAGCGGAUUUUCCAUACGGUCAUGCUGGUUCAAAAGGAAGAAGGAUGGGUCCCACCAGAAGAGCGUGUCGAAUUGCCUCUCCAUCCCAUCGAGCGAUUCGCCGAGGUGGUGAAGCAAAACCCGGCUAUUGGGACGUACGUCCGGGAGUUGGAGUUAGAAAGCAUGUAUGAUUACAACAUCGACGAUGGCUUCGUGGUUCUUGAAAAUCUGCACCAAGUCCACACCUUCACAUUGGCGUUUGCGGAUGGACCCCGACAUGCGGAGCGUGCGAGACCUUGGGGCACCAUCUCCCCUGGCCUUCGAAGCUCGCUCCUCUCAUUUGUCCGUCGAAAUCCAGUGACAUCCCUGUCCCUUUUCAACAUUGGCGAGUUCCCCCAUACCUUCCUCCGCGAAUGUCGACAUCUGGAAACACUUAGCGUCCUGAAUAUAGAGCCCGACGAGAGUAUCUUCCCAUCGUCAAGUGAUACUCCCGUCAAGAUACAAGGAUUGACGUUGUUGGACGGAUCGAUCCGCUUUGCCGAACAUUUCAUCCUCCACCCAACUUCGCCUGCCAUGGAUAUAUCAGAGGCUUCGACCCUCAAGGUCCACUUUGGGAAGAAUGACGACAAUCAUGUUGUCGUUCGCGUUUUGACGCUGCCGAGUAAACUUGAGUCCCUUGAUUUAGAAUUGGAGAAAAAUUACUCCGAAUGGACCUGUCGCAACAAUAUCUUGAGCAAACUUCCCCCCUCUUCCCUUAAGACACUCAGAAGCAUCACCUUGAUUCUGAGGACUUGGGAUACUCCAGAGUUUCCUGCCUACGGGGACUUUGUCCACGAGCUCGCUUUGAUGCAGGGACAGAACGUUCUGGAGGACCUCAAUAUCAUCCCUAUCGUUCAAAUCGGCUGCGAUCUGAAUGUGGACCUGGGCCAAUGGAAGACGCUUGACGAUCUACUCUCAAUGGGGUUUCCUCGCCUUCGUAAACUGACAAUCCGCGCGUACGUAACGUUCUUCGACAGUCCUUCGCCGUUCGAAGAUGCUGCGGACAGGCAGGCGCAAUUGGAUCGAAUCUUCGCCGAAUGCUUCGAUUGGUCGAAAAGACACCUGCAUCUGACGACCAGCACUGAAUGUUGGGUCAUCUAG